CUGCCAUGUGCCUGCUGUCACGUACGCUUUUAUCACGAGAGUAGAGAGUGUGGCUGAUUACUUGUCGUUGAUAUUUGUGACGUUCUUUGUUCCUGCCUGCACACGCGCCUGAGCGAGCAUUGCGGUACAUAGUUUGCACCUCGAUCUUCGAUCUAGAGACAAGCGACAACAGUUCCACUUGAUCUUACCGUCGCUAUGGUCUCAAGUUGGUUAAAUUUGUUCAUUACAGUCUCCACUGCUGCAGUGCUUGCCCUCUUCUACGACUUCAAGAGCUGGCAGAGUUAUGGAACCGGUGGCACACCACCAACACUUCAAGGCUACCUGAAGAUUCGAAGAUGGGGCCUGUAUCUGCUGUACAAGCGGCAAAAUCUGCUCGAUCCAUCACCAAUCCCAGACACAGGCGUAGCAUACAUCAAGCCCGAUAAGGUGCCAGAACGGCCAGGCUCGCCACCAGACAUCGUUCGCUGGACCCUUCCGCAGCGACAACUUCCCCAGCCUAUUACAAAGGUCGCGUUGACAGAACUAAGCGAUCUCAUGCAGACUUUCGCCAGCACUUCGCCCUUUUCUGAGUAUAUCGAGACUAGGCCGAGCGAGACAGAAGGCGGGACUGGACCUGCAAUCUACGUCAAGCCGGAUGUGAACACCAUCAACCCCGUUGCACAUAAAAUCUUCUAUGAAAUCGCACAUGUGCAUCCGAAGGAGAAUUCACUGCAUGUCUACGUCAGUCCCAAAGACGCGAAGACCGUGGUGAGCAAGGGCUGGGGUCAGCGUUUCCCAGUGACUUGGUUGGCACCCCCGAGCUGGAUCAUGCUGUAUGCACCAAGAGAUGAGAAGGAGCUCGAAGUCGUAAAAGACAUUGUCAGGGCUGCGAUCAGUUAUGCAAUUGGUAGGGAGGUCUCUUGAAAGGCCUGAGUACGGCCAUGAAGCACACAUAUGUCACUUUUGUCAAUAUAAGACCGUGCACUUUCCAAAUUGUGCUCAAAAGAUGGCAUGUUCGAAGUGUUCUACUCAAAAGACGAUGACAUAAUCGAGCCUUGAGCAGGACUGGAGGGCUUCAUCGGACUGAAAAAUAUGUCCGUAGUACUCUUCGUAUUUCGGAUGCCACAGCCUCAAAAACUGCAGUUUACAUUAAAUCU